CUAUUCACACACUUCCCCCAUUCUUCUUCUUUCUUUCUUUCUUUCUUUCUCUAGAAAUUAUCAGAUCUGCAGUAAAGUUACGCUUUUAACCCCCGAUACUUCAAGAAAUUUCAAUGGUGUACUCGUUCCCGGAGGAGGUGCUGGAGUACGUGUUUGCGUUCUUGAGCUCCGACAAGGACCGGAAUGCGGUUUCAUUGGUGUGCAAAUCGUGGUACGAAAUUGAAAGAUGGUGUCGGAGGCGAGUUUUUAUCGGGAACUGUUACGCGGUGAGUCCACAGAUCAUGAUCCGCCGGUUCCCGGAGGUGAGGGCCGUGAAGAUCAAGGGGAAGCCGCAUUUUGCGGACUUCAACUUGGUGCCAGAGAGGUGGGGUGCCUAUGUUUACCCAUGGAUCUCAGCUAUGGCUAGGUCUUACCCUUGGCUCGAAGAAAUCAAGCUCAAGCGCAUGGUGGUUACGGAUGAGAGCUUGGAGCUGAUCUCCAAGUCGUUCAAGAAUUUUAAGGUUUUGUCUCUCUCGUCAUGCGAGGGGUUCACAACUGAUGGACUUUCCUCCAUUGCAGCCAAUUGCAGGAAUCUUAGAGAAUUAGACCUGAGGGAGAGUGAAGUGGAGGACUUGAGUGGGCAUUGGCUUAGCCAUUUCCCAGACAACUUCACCUCACUGGUGUCACUUAACAUGUCCUGUUUGGGCUCUGAGGUAAGCUUUUCAGCUUUGGAGCGUCUCAUCUCACGGUGUCCUAACCUGAAAACACUUAGGCUGAAUCGUGCGGUUCCCGUUGAGAAGCUCGCAAGCCUACUUCGUCGUGCCCCCCAAUUGGUUGAGUUUGGUACAGGUGCCUGUUCAACUGAAAUUCGAACUGAUAUCUUCUCAAACUUGGUGGAAGCUUUUUCAGGCUGCAAGCAUCUCGAAAGCUUGUCUGGGUUCUGGGAUGUAGUUCCAGCUUACCUUCCAGCAAUGUAUUGUGUGUGCUCCAGAAUAACUAAACUGAACUUGAGCUAUGCUACUGUUCAAAGUCCUGAUCUUGUUGAGCUCAUUAGCCAGUGUUCCAAUCUCAAGUGUCUAUGGGUGCUGGAUUACAUUGAGGAUGCUGGUCUUAAGGCCCUUUCAUCAUAUUGCAAAGAUCUGCAGGAACUUAGGGUGUUUCCUUCGGACCCUUACAGUGCAGAGCCAAAUGUAUCUUUGACUGAACAGGGGCUUGUCACAGUUUCGGCAGGAUGCCCCAAGCUCCAGUCAGUGCUAUACUUCUGCCGUCAGAUGUCAAAUGCCGCAUUGAUUGCUAUUGCAAGGAAUCGUCCUAACCUACUCCGUUUCCGUCUAUGUAUUAUCGAACCUCAAGCUCCUGAUUACCUCACCCUUGAACCCCUUGAUACUGGUUUUGGAGCCAUUGUAGAGCACUGUAAAGAACUGCGGCGCCUUUCCCUUUCUGGUCUCCUCACUGAUCGAGUUUUUGAAUACAUUGGGACUCAUGCUAAGAAACUAGAGAUGCUUUCUUUAGCUUUCGCUGGGGAUAGCGACUUGGGCCUCCAUCACGUCUUGUCAGGGUGUGAAAGCCUCCGAAAACUGGAGAUCAGGGACUGUCCAUUUGGGGACAGGGCUCUAUUGGCCAAUGCUGCAAAGCUGGAGACAAUGCGAUCCCUUUGGAUGUCAUCUUGCUCUGUAAGUUAUGGAGCUUGUAAACUGCUCGGUCAGAAGAUGCCCAAUCUCAAUGUUGAAGUUAUAGACGAGAGAGGACCCCCGGAUUCAAGGCCUGAAUCCAUUUCUGUUGAGAAACUCUACGUGUACAGGACAGUCGCUGGACCAAGAGCUGAUAAGCCUGAUUUUGUAUGGACUAUGGAUGAAGAUGGAGCCUUGAGGUUUUCUUGAGUGACAUGAAGACAUGAAAACUGAAAAUUCUCUGCGGUUCUUGCUUAUGGGUGCAGCAGGUACAUGCUCUACGAAUUAAUUACUUUCAUUUCGAAAUGCUUUAUGCAAUUGGAUAGCCGGUGUAGUGUGGGACGAACCCAUCAAGGAUAUUGAGAGGGUUAGAAGCUCGAACGCCAUUUAUUUUACACUUGGCUGAGCUAUUCACAGCCGUCAGUUAUUAAUAAAGAGGCAAAUCUCUUGUUUUACAUGUACCAUGCUAAGUUACCGUGUCUUUAGAAUUCUGUCAUGUAUGUAUUCUCUAACUGUUUGCAUUUGAUGAUGUGGAUUUUGUCCUUUUAUCGAUUAUUUUUCGUAAUAAAUUCUUUA